AUGGCUUCUUCAUCUUCUUCGCCUGAACGUCUUAAAGGUCUUCUCUCCGUAACUGUACUCAAGGCAAAUAAUUUAGUCAAAAGUGAUUGGUUCGGUGAGAACGAUUGUUAUGCGGUUGUUUCAAUUGAACCUCUUCCGAUGGGAAGCGAUACGAAAUCUGAUAAGAAGAAAGAACAAACGGAAACAUAUCAGAAAACACAGAUUCACAAUGGUUCCAAUCCUAUUUUCAAUGAGAAAUUUGUAUUUCCUGUGCCACAGAAAUUAGAAGCUUUAUACGUUCAAAUAUGGGAUGCAGAUUAUGAUAAAGACGAUCUAUUGGCUCAUGGAACUUUAAGUUUACUAGACGAUGAACAGGGCGGUCAAUAUGAUACGAAUUUGAACAAAGAAUGGCUUCAUAUAGCAACCGUAUCAAUGCUCACUGAAAACGGUGGAGAUGGUGGUACAGUACAACUCGUACUUCGUUUCGUUCCUGAAACAACUGCUGUGUAUAUGGGCAAAAAAUUCAAUGCUGCCCAAGCAGAAAUCAAGAAAAAAAUAACGCAGCAAGUAGUUGCAAAAGCAACUGACCUUGCCACAGAAAAAAUUCGAGCAUACGUUGGAAUUGGUGAUUAA